UAUCGACAAUGUUGUGGCCCAAGUUGAUUGGCUUCGCGGUACUUAGUCUGCUGCUCGCUCAGCUGCAGUUCAUUCCCAGCGAUGCUGCCGUUUCCGGUUGCAGUGAUAACUUCACUCAGGUGGCGGGCAAAUGUUUGUUUGCUGCGAAUUAUUGGUACAACUGGUAUCAGGCUGAACGCCAUUGUCGUUCCUUGGGCGCUGGACUCUUCAAUUUGCAGAAUCAAACACAGCUGCAGCAGAUUUCCGACUGGCUAAAUGCAACUUUGCCCUACACAAUUGAGUUCUGGACAUCGGGCAACAAGCUAGGACAAUAUGUCGCUAAUUAUUACUGGCAGAACACGGGUGAGCAGGCGCAUUAUUUGCCCUGGGCCAAUGGACAACCGCUGGCGGCUAGCGGCGAUUGUGUCACGCUUUUUGCCAACUACACCUACUACGAGGGCAUUUUGGGAUACAAUCUUGUUGUCAGGAAUUGCACGCAUCCAUCACCGCAUGUCUGUGAGAAGCAAACGCAGAUAACUGAUAAUCGCAUUUGCCUCAAGACGGGAUCUUAUGAAAAUGUCCAAGUUUUGCUUUAAGCAAUCUAAUUGUUAAAGGCAUUUCCCUCUAACUAUUACAGUUUGCAUAAGGCUGAAGUCUUAUUCUU